AUGCCGUCAGUUCCAAUGUCCAAAGAGAGCCCUGUCAAAAGCCCUAUCUGCCCCCACGCUGCAAAGUUACUUCACCACACCAACGGUGAAGUCAAACAGCGUGAGGCUUUGGUCCCGCUUAAUGGGGUAGACGCUGCGCCUGUAGUGGAGGACAAUGCAGACCAAAACAGUAGCAUUACUAGGAAAUGGAUCCGUCCCGACCUCCCCAGCCGCUGCACGUGGAGCCUGGGAGCCUCACAGGCAGAUUCCCCUCAUCCUCAAGUCCCCAAAACGGCUGUGCCUACCAUUCUCCCGAACAUUUUGCACAGGAUCGGUCACACUCCCCUUGUGCGGAUCAACAAAAUCCCUAAAAAAUUUGGAGUCAAAUGUGAAAUAUUGGCCAAGUGUGAGUUUUUCAACGCCGGCGGCAGUGUCAAAGACAGGAUCAGUCUCCGAAUGGUGGAGGACGCAGAGAGAGCAGGGGUCCUCAAACCAGGAGACACCAUUAUUGAGCCCACCUCUGGCAACACUGGUAUUGGAUUGGCUUUGGCUGCAGCUGUGAAAGGCUACCGUUGCAUCAUUGUCAUGCCAGAAAAAAUGAGUAUGGAGAAGGUGGAUGUCCUGAGAGCUCUCGGAGCUGAGAUAGUUCGCACACCUACCAGUGCUCGCUUCGAUUCCCCAGAAUCCCACGUGGGAGUUGCGUGGCGCCUGAAGAAUGAGAUCCCCGACUCACACAUCUUAGACCAAUACCGCAAUCCGAGCAAUCCUCUUGCUCACUAUGACACCACAGCUGAAGAGAUACUGGAACAGUGCGAGGGCAAACUAGACAUGUUGGUGGCAGGAGCCGGGACUGGAGGUACCAUAACAGGCAUUGCCCGCAAACUAAAGGAACAUUGCCCCAACAUCAAGAUUGUUGGCGUGGACCCAGAAGGCUCUUGCCUCGCAGAGCCAGAAGAGCUUAACAAGACAGAUAAGACCCAGUAUGAGGUAGAGGGUAUCGGCUACGACUUCAUUCCCACAGUACUUGACAGAUCUGUCAUUGACACCUGGUAUAAGUCCAAUGAUGAAGAGUCCUUCAAUAUGUCUCGUAUGCUGAUCAGGGAUGAGGGUCUGCUGUGCGGGGGGAGCUCUGGCACCGCUAUGGCAGCUGCUGUCAAUGUUGCCAAAGAGUUGAAAGAGGGACAGCGCUGUGUGGUUAUCCUUCCAGAUUCCGUCAGAAAUUACAUGUCCAAAUUCCUGAGUGACAAAUGGAUGGUGCAGAAGGGUUUCCUAAGCGAGGAGGAUCUCAUGGUGAAAAAGCCCUGGUGGUGGAACCUGAAUGUGCAAAGUUUGAACCUGUCAGCACCGCUGACUGUCUUGCCGACCGUUAGCUGCCAACGAACGAUCAAGAUCCUCAAAGAAAAGGGCUUUGACCAGGCACCUGUAGUGGAUGAGUCGGGGGUAAUCCUAGGUAUGGUCACCCUGGGGAAUAUGCUGGCCUCUAUCCUUGCAGGGAAGAUCAAGCUGUCAGACCCCGUCAGCAAAGUGAUCUACAAGCAGUUUAAACAGAUACGACUGUUGGAUAACUUGGGAAAGUUGUCCCGAAUUCUGGAAAUAGAUCACUUUGCCCUUGUGGUUCAUGAGCAGAUCCAAUAUAUGACAGAUGGCACUCCCAGUUUAAGGCAGAUGGUCUUUGGAGUGGUAACCGCCGUCGACCUGCUGAACUUCGUCACAGGCCGUGAGCGGAGGGAGCGCUCUCUUUCAGAGUGCUCUUUCUCAGAGUCGACAGACGAGCUGUGA